CACACACACACACACACACACACACACACACACUAACACAUUCAAAUACACACAUCAGCGUAAGCACUUUCACUAGUUAACUGUCACCACCUUACAACUUCUCUCAUUUCCUACAAAGUACACAAGUACACCUGAAUUCCACCCUCCAAACCCUCACUGCCUUACAUGAGCCCUAACUAAUGUUUUACGCCACUACCACCACCCAUGCUCACGCAGCCUUCCUUCCGCAGGUUAUUGUCUCCGCCGUCCUGGCGGUCCUCUUCGCUGUGGUCGUCGCCGACCCAGAGCCCCAGCCCGAGGCUGAGCCCGGACGCUUCCGCGGCUUUGGUGGCGGUGGCUUUGGCGGCUUUGGCGGACAUGGCGGUGGUUACUACCGCGGAAAGAGGAGCGCCGAUGCCGACCCAGAGCCCCAGCCCGAGGCUGAGCCCGGACACUUCCGCGGCUUUGGUGGCGGUGGCUUUGGCGGCUUUGGCGGCUUUGGCGGACAUGGGGGUGGUUACUACCGCGGAAAGAGGAGCGCCGAUGCCGACCCAGAGCCCCAGCCCGAGGCUGAGCCCGGACACUUCCGCGGCUUUGGUGGCGGUGGCUUUGGCGGCUUUGGCGGCUUUGGCGGACAUGGGGGUGGUUACUACCGCGGAAAGAGGAGCGCCGAUGCCAACCCUGAGCCCGGUCACUUCGGAAGCUUUGGUGGACGUGGCUUCUUUGGUGGCGGAUUCGGUGGUGGCCACGGCGGCUACGGCGGACACUAUUAUGGAUAAACGGGCCAGAGGCUGAUUCCUAGCCUGGCUUUGCCCGCGGCUGUGGCAGCGCCAGUGCAUUCGACGGGAUACAGAAACUUUCACCGCGGGUGACAAUGGGCAACGCUUCACCCGACGGAAGAUAACGACAACAACUAAGGGUUACUCCUGUUAAACACAAAGAAACAAAUAAACAAUAUAUUUCUAA